CAAUACAAAAAUGCUCUCAUUCACUAAAGUCAACUGACACCGAGUUUAUUUGGGAUAAUGGAAAAAGUGGUUUGUAAAAGUCACGGAGUCGUGUGCAUGUUGAAAACGGGUAUCAAAGAUGGACCAAACAAGGGGAAAAGCUUCUACGUGUGCGUGGACAAGGAGGGCUGUGACUUCAGUCAGGCGGUCAACCUACCUCCAUCCCACUGCCUCCAACAUGAACAGUCCACCGUGGAGCUGCAAGCCCUGACCUACAGCCAGCAGCAGAAGGCUUACAGGUUGUUUUACCGCUGCAUUCUGGGUAAAAAAGCUGGACAGAAAUGGUGUGGAAAUGUGCCCUGGACAGAGCCCAGCAAAGAGAAGAGUCCUCUAGCAGAGAGCCAGCAGCAGCCAUCCUGUGUGCCCCCUGUGCGCAACCCCUUUAAGGCCCCAGCCACAACAGACUGCAACUCUGCCUGGAAAAAGAUCCAGAGCAGUGCUGAGGGGAGCCACCUCAAGCCCAAUGUUCAGGCUGUGGUUUUAGAGGCCAAGGAGAAGGAAGAACUCGGGUCAUCUAACACAUCCCGGCAAAGAGUAUUACCAGCAGGCAUGAAGCUGAAGAAGUGUGCCACCAAAGAGGAGUCUCACACAGAUCAGCCCCAACAGACCAGAGCCAUGCCUAAGGAGCAGAUGCAGGACCAGACCAAUAUUAUACCAAAGAAACAGACCCAAGACCAGCCAAGAGCCACACCUAAUGUGCAGAUCCCGGACCAUACCAGAGUCAAACUUAAGGGGCAGACCCAAGACCAGACCCAACAGAUCAGAGCCGCACCUACAGAACAGACUCUGGAUGGGCAGGGAGAGCCAGCUCCAGGGUCGAGCCAUGAGAGACCCCUUGCAGACAGGGGGAGUGACCCAUCUGGCUCCACAGGACAGGCUCAACAGCAACAGGAGGAGGAGCAGGAUGAUGAGGUGCUCCUGGUGCAUGUACAGCCGCCUGCUCCCAAAGCCCCUGCACACUCGCAUGUACAGAAGCCCCUCACCAAUUUCCCAGGCUUCCAGAAGGCUUCCAAAUUGAAGCCUCCACAAGAUGACCCCCACAGACUCAGGAACCUGCUCUCCUUCCAGCUCCAGCAGAAGAAGGCCACUCUGGGUGUGGUUAACCUGGAUGCUCUCCCAGAUAAGGGCACACGCUUAAAGACCCAGGUGAAGGAGCUGGAGGACGCGUUGGACGCACUCAGCCUGUCAGCCUCCUCUCUGACAGGUGCUGGAACUGACCCUUCUUGGGAUGCCCCUGUCACAGCCAAAGCUCUAGUGAACCCCUUCAGUCGUCCUCCAGGAACUGUUCUCCUGCCCGGCUCACCUGGACCUCCCCCUCUCUCACACACCCCACAUGGCCCUCAGACCUCAGCCCCGCCCCCAGGCCAUGCAUUCUAUGGCGGGCGGAUGACAGAGGACCGGCUGCUGGCAGUGAAGAAUGCCACAUGUGAGGCCAUCGACCACUUGCACACAUCUCUGGAGUCCUGCCCUGGGGCCGACUCAGAGGCCCCAGAUCCAAAGGGUAUCAAGGUGUCUCUGCUGGCCCAUCAGAAGAGAGCUCUGGCCUGGCUGCUCUGGAGGGAGGAGCAGAACCCCUGUGGAGGAAUCCUGGCUGAUGAUAUGGGACUGGGUAAAACCCUGACCAUGAUCUCCCUCAUACUGUCCAAGAAGGUGAAACAAAGGGAGGCAGACACAGAAGAGUGGAUCUCCAAAAAAGACUCCAGUCUGGUCAGCUCCAGGAGCACACUCAUCAUCUGCCCAGCCUCUCUGGUUCACCACUGGAAGAAGGAGAUUGACCGACAUGUGAAGCCAGGGAAGCUCUCUGUGUAUCUGUACCAUGGAUCAAACCGUGAGAAGAGUGCCAAGCUACUGGCCGAUUAUGAUGUGGUGGUGACAACCUACAAUUUAGUCUCCAAGGAGAUCCCUCCUCCAAAGGACAAAGUGGAGAACACCAGCAGGGACACAGGGGGGACAGUGCUUCCUCAUGCCACCCCUCUGCUGCAAGUGGUCUGGGCACGGAUAGUCCUGGAUGAAGCCCACAACAUCAAGAACCCCAAAGUGCAGACGUCUAUAGCCGUGUGCCAGCUCAGCGCCCAGACGCGCUGGGCUGUCACGGGCACUCCCAUCCAGAACAACCUGCUGGACAUGUACUCCCUGCUCAAGUUCCUUCGCUGUGCUCCGUUUGAUGAGUUCAAACUAUGGAAGGCUCAGGUGGACAAUGGCUCCAAGAGAGGCCGAGAGAGGCUUAACAUCCUGACCAGGACCCUGCUGCUGCGGAGAAUGAAGGACCAGCUGGACUCAACUGGAAAACCCCUGGUGUCCCUCCCAGAGCGCACCUGUGUGGUCCACCAGCUCACUCUGUCUGAGGACGAGCAGGCUGUGUAUGAUGUGGUCUUUGCACAGUCCAGAUCCACACUGCAAAAUUACCUGAAGAGACACGAAGGCCAGGAGCUGAACAAGAGCAGCCCCUCCACCUCCAACCCCUUUGACAAGGUGGCCCAUGAGUUUGGGAUAUCACAGGUCAAGCCCUCCUCACAGACCAGUCAAGUGUCUAGCACUGUCCAUAUCCUGUCCCUGCUGCUGCGGCUGCGCCAGUGCUGCUGCCACCUGUCCCUGCUUCAGAAGACUUUGGACUCCUCUGAGCUGCAGGGGGAUGGCAUCAUUCUGUCUCUGGAGGAGCAGCUCUCCGCCCUCUCCCUGAGCUCCAGCCCAGCUUCGUCUGACCCUGACCCCAAACAGUCCGUGUCCCUCAACGGCAUCCGCUUUGACGCCCAGCUGUUUGAGGAUACCCAGCACAGCACCAAGAUUUCUGCAAUAGUCUCUGAGCUGAAGGCCAUCCGACAGCACGGGGCGAAUCAGAAAAGUGUGAUCGUGUCCCAGUGGACCAGUAUGCUUCACAUUGUGGGUGGGCACCUGAGGCAGAUGGGGCUGAGCUACGCGGUCAUAGAUGGGACAGUGGUGCCCAAAAAGAGGAUGGACCUGGUGGAGGAGUUCAACACCAAUCCCCAUGGCCCACAGGUGAUGCUGGUGUCACUCUGUGCUGGAGGAGUGGGGCUCAACCUGAUUGGAGGGAACCAUCUUUUCCUCAUCGACAUGCACUGGAACCCCGCUCUGGAGGACCAGGCCUGUGACCGGAUCUAUAGAGUGGGCCAGAGAAAAGACGUCACUAUUCACAGGUUUGUGUGUGAAGGCACCGUGGAGGAGAAGAUCUCCACUCUACAGGCCAAGAAGAAGGAGCUGGCUCAGAACGUGCUCUCGGGGACCGGGAACACGCUAUCCAAACUGUCCCUGGCUGACCUGCGCAUCAUUUUUGGAGUGUAGACACUGACUGACCUGCACAUCAUCAGUUUAUCUGUCGUGAAUCACUGCUCGUGGUCUAUUCUUCUUCAAUAAUGUUGUUUUAUUAAUACAACUGCUUUUAUUUGGUCUUCUUUUAUAUGUUUUAAUAAAUCCUAUUGAGUGUUAUCA